AAACGAAAAAUUCGCCAUUUUCCGUUUUUCUACGUCGUCUUUUGAAUCAAAUAACCAAUGAGCGGAUGAUACAUGGACCGGGUCGAGUACAGUGGAUUGAUUCGGUUUUCAUCGUUGCUGUUGUGUUUUGCUUUCAAGUAAUCAGUAACGACAAAUAGCACAGGGACAGAAGUGCGAAAUAGACUGAAGUGCAAAAUCGGUUAGAAAAGGCGACUUGAUCGGACAGAAACCGUACUAACGUUAGCUAGCUAAUCUCUGUCAAAUUAAACACGUCAAAAGGGAUGCCGCUGAAAUCCAAAUCAGACAGAUAUUUGGAUUUAAUGUCGUCUCAUUUAAUCGGCAGAAGCAGUUUUUCGAUAAAAGGUUCUACGAUAAAUCAAUUUCGAAGCAGCGUAUUUUUUAAUUGCUGAAUUUUAGGAACUAGUAGGUAACGUUAGUCUGACGAAUUGAAAUCACGGACCGACAGUGCUAUGCUAACAUACUAGCUAAUUUGGCUGGACAGACAACAACAAAUCUGUUUUGCAUCAUUGCCAAAGAAGAAACAUUGAGAGUGAAAUUGGUGAAGACGUUUCAGUUCCACAAAGCGUUUCGACAUUAUAUUUGACUUUGGCAGCAAUGAAACUGUUAGAGAACAGCAGUUUUGAAGCUCUGGGCUCUCAACUCUGUGUUGAAACGGGAGAGUCUCACAUCCUGGGCAGAAUCGAGAGCUACUCCUGCAAGAUGGCUGGUGAUGACAAGCACAUGUUUAAGCAAUUUUGCCAGGAGGGGGAGCCACAUGUCCUAGAGGCCCUCUCACCCCCCCAGUCCAGCGCCACCAGCCCACCCCAACUAGGGAAGAGCAGUGAGGACGGCGAAAACCCUCUGAGUGACAAGUGUUGCAGGAAGACCUUGUUCUACCUCAUCACCACGCUCAACGAGUCGUUCAGGCCCGACUACGACUUCAGCGCAGCCCGGGCCCACGAGUUUAGCCGGGAGCCCAGCCUCAACUGGGUGGCGAAUGCAGUAAACAGCAGCCUGUACUCAUCAGUUGGAGUGGAGUUCAACUCCCUGGGGCCGGAGCUGUGGAACUCCAUCGACGAGGAAAUUUGCCUGCAGGAAUGUGACAUAUACAGCUACAACCCUGACCUGGACUCAGACCCCUUUGGGGAGGAAGGCAGCCUCUGGUCCUUCAACUACUUCUUCUACAACAAGAAGCUGAAGAGGAUUGUAUUCUUCACCUGUCGCUCCGUCAGUGUCUUGAGUGGGUAUGGCCGCGGUUGUCUGGACAACGAGUUGGACAUGGAGCUGGAUGAUGAAGAGGAGAUGGAUGGAUUCACUGAGGACAGGUUCCCCAGAGCUCUUUGUGUCUAAUGCUAUAGAGAUGGAAGACACGCCCAGGCCAAACACAACCUCCUCCCCCUUUCCCCUUUCCCCUUUCCCCUAUCCUGUUUCUUUUUUCUGUUUAUUUCUUUGUCUCAAUGUUCUGUAUAGCCUGACCCAUGUAGAGGAAAUGCAUUCACCCCCCCAUUGACAAGUGCAUGUUUCACGCCUUUCACAUCAGCUGGAUCCGACGUAUAACGUGAAGGACAUUUUCUAAAUGCCCAAGUCUCCUGUUGAUUGUGCUCCCUCUAUCCUCCAUUGUCACAGAGCUAAGAACUGACUGUGCCUGAUCAUUUGAUGGAAGGACCUUCCUAUGCCUCUCAAACCACAUCCUCUUGACUCCAAACCAGCCUCUGCUUGGAUGCUGCACUCUCAAAGAAACCCUCCCAAUUCCUAUUGGACCUGUCUUGGAUAUUUAUGGUCAAGAGAGGCCAUGGACAGCUAACCCUGACAAGCAAGAAUCCUCUUUUAUUGAAGAUCGCAGCAAAUGAUGUCACAGAAACCAGUGUGUAAGUGGAGAUAGAAGUCCACAGUGCAACACCAGCAUCAGCGAGAGCCGUGGAAGGGGAGGGGAGGGGCUAAUUACAUCAAACCCCUCCUCCAAUCCCACACUGCCACACUGGGUAGAGGGUGGGACAACGACAGCUAAUUCGAUUGACUAUCUAUCCAGUUGAUUUCCAUUUGUGACUGCGUCCUUUGUGUGACUUUUAUGCUUGACAGUGAUGUUACUGUGAGAACUUUUAUAGCUCCAAGUUUUGAAACAAAUGCUGCUUUUGUAAUGGAAACAUUGUAAUAUGUUAUGUUGUCUUAUUACUGGACAUGACCUGUGUAGAUGGGAUAUUGAGAUGACACUGCCAAGGAAAGCAUUAUGACAUCAGACUUGCAGCUUAUACAAGAUAGCACUUUCAUGAGCUCCUCUGUCACAAUGUUCUGUCUAUCAAUAACCAUAUUCCUCAAUGUGUGAUAUUCUGGUUCCCUUAUGAUUGAGUUAGGCUAACCUAUUGUACAACUUAUACCCAUUUUCCACUGCUACAAUCAUCCAUUUAUUUUAUGCUCAAACAUUACAAAGGCUUUGAUGUAAAGCCAAGUGAAUGUACUGAACACAGGCAGCAAAGGCAUCAGUGAUAUUUCCAGUAAUGUUAUUAACAUGUUUUACAGUAUUUUUUAGAAAGAAAGACCCUUUUAUCUCUGUAUUCCCUGUGUAAGGCUUGUGAACUACCAUGAUGACUUCUAUUCAGGACUUGUUUUGAUUAUACAGUAUAUGUUAAUAAAGUUGUGUUUGAACCAAA